AUUGCUUUGAGCUGCUCGUGCAAUGUUCACUGCGCCCAUCAUUGCGCCCAUCGUCGUGGCAGGGACCACUUCGUCAGCUGCUGCACCUGGCACCGAUGCCACCACGUCAUCAUCAGCAGCAGCAACAUCAGCAACAUCAGCAACAUCAGCAGCAGCAGCAGCAGCAGCGAGUGCAAGCGAUCCUAUCUCUGCGUCGAUCGACAUUGAAGCGACAGAUGUGAUUCGGCUCGUCCAGCAGUUCCUCAAGGAGAAUGGCUUGACGCGCACCCUCGCCACUCUGCAGGACGAGACGAGCGUUACGCUCAACACGGUGGACAACCUCGAAACGUUCGUCUCGGACGUCAUCAAUGGCCAUUGGGAUUCUGUGCUCAACGCAGUCCAGCAACUCCAGCUGCCCGACAAGAAGCUGAUUGACUUGCACGAGCAGAUUUACAUUGAAUUAGUCGAGAUGCACGAGACGGGAGCCGCAAAAUCCUUGCUCAAGCAAGGCGAGCCUCUGUUGCUGUUGAAAAAGCACCAGCCGCAUCGCUACCAGCAUCUUGAAGGCUUGCUCGCCCCGCGCGCUUACUGGGACCCCCAAGAGGUCUAUCUUGAUGGGAGCUCGAAGGAGAAACGACGGACCAUGAUUGCUCAUGCUCUUGCCGCCGAAAUCCACGUCGUCCCCGCAGGCCGACUCCUCUCGUUGAUUGGCCAAGCUGUCAAGUGGCAGUACCACCAAGGUCUAAUCCAGCCAGGAGCUUCGUUCGACUUGUUCCGAGGGCGCAAAGUCCAGCACGCGAUCGAGGAAGAGCAGCUUCCGACCCAGCUGGGCGCUUCGAUCAAAUUUGGCAAGCAGUCACACCCGGAAUGCGCCAAAUUCUCGCCGGAUGGUCAGUACCUAGCAACUGGCAGUGUGGAUCACUUUGUGGAGCUGUGGAAUCCGCACACUGGCAAAAUUGCACAAGAUCUCCGAUACCAAGCAAAGGAUGACUUUAUGCUGAUGGAGUCAACUGUUCUUUGUCUCGGCUUCUCCGUGGAUAGCGAGAUGCUUGCGACUGGCGCGCAAGACGGCAAGCUCAAAAUCUGGCGUGUGCAAACUGGAGAAGUGCUGCGAAGGUUUGAAAAGGCGCACAAUGGCGGUUUGACGAGUGUCAAGUUUUCGCGCGAUAACAGCCAAGUGUUGACCACUUCGUUCGACCAAACCAUCAAGUUGCACGGUCUCAAAUCUGGCAAGACCUUGAAGGAAUUCCGUGGCCAUGUGUCUUUCGUCAACGAUGCCAUCAUUACGCACGAUGGUCAGUUCGUGAUCAGCGGCAGCAGCGACGGCACAGUCAAAGUAUGGGACAUGCGUACGACAGAGUGCACGACGACUGUGAGGCCGCAUUCUGGCGUUGCCAACCGCGAGAUUGCCGUGACGGCGAUUUUGCCAAUCCCGCGUAACACGGAGCAGUUCCUCAUCGUGUCAAAGUCAAACGCCCUGCAUGUCAUCAAUCUCAACGGCCUUGUUGUGCGGACACUCCAGUCGUCGACCAUUGCCUGCGACUUUGUGGCUGCCUCCAUUUCUCCCCGAGGAGAGUUUGUGUACGCGGUUGGUGAGAAUCGACGACUGUAUGCCUUCCGAUUGGACACUGGCGAGCUUGAAGGCAACGAGAUGGAGCUCCACGAGAAGGAAGUGAUUGGAAUUGAGCAUCAUCCUCAUUUGAAUAUCGUAGCGACGUUCAGUGAGCAAGGUCCCUUGAAAUUGUGGAAGCCUUAACGAUUUGUUGAAUACACGAUGGAGCUCUCGGCUCGCACAACCAACA